GGGGAUUGGGGGUAAUUCUGUUGUGUAUUUUUACACCCAAAUUUCAGGUCCACUAAAGCCGAGAGCGAGGGCGGAAGAACCCCAACGAGCUCUCUCGAAGGCUCAGGGGCGGUGCAGCCUGCCUGUCCCUGGGGCGUAGACCGAUCCACCCCUUCGCCAGACCGACGAGGCCAGCAGCUCCUCCCGGGGCUCCGAAUGGGUGUAGGUGGCUCCGAGGUUCCAACCUCCGCCUGCGGUCUGCCCCCACCUUCAGCCUGGGGAGCUCGGAGGCCGAGGGAGCCACUCGGAAGGGCUGCGGAAUUCCAAGAUCUGGACACCCCACUUCGGGCGGCUUCCGCAUCCAGCCUCCUCGGGGGAGCCGCCUAGCCUGGCAGUCCUGAGACGGGUACCUUCAUUCUGGGGCAGCUAGUGGCCCCCAGGUCCUGGGAAAUUCUUUGGCACCUUCCCUCUGGCUUCUCUGUAUGUUCCAGACUAAGCGCUCUGGUACACUUCUAAAGAAAGACCAACUCUUAUCUGUGUCACCUUGGGAUUAGUUAAUUAACAUCCACAUCAUCUCAAAGUUAUCAUCAACUUUUGAUGUUCUGCUGAUCUGAAGCUGUGGAAGUCUAGAUUUUAUGUAUGGACCAGAUAUCAUAGGACCAGAGCCCUGACAGUACCACCUAUGGCUUUCCCUGAUUCAGCAAAUACUACCAGGAGGUACAGUUGAAAUGCCUGAAGGCAGGAUGGUGGAGGCCUGAGGUACUGGGGUGAGAGCCGGAGGGCCCUCCCCAUCUCAGGUUGACAGAGCAGAACAUGCCAUGUCUACCCCUUCUCCAGGAGGCCAAAAAUGGCAGAGGACACCCCAAGCUUGAAGGGAGCCUUUGACAUCUUACACCAAGCUGGGCAGGACAAACUCCUCUACCUCAAACACAAGUUGAAGGCCCCUCGGCCAGGUUCCAAAGCCAGCAACCUCCUAUACGCCAUGGUCCUCCUGACUCUGGGACAGAAGACAGAGGCCAGGAUAGUCUUGGACUCACUGAGAGGAGAUAAAGUGGCACUCUCUGUAGCUAGGACCUGGGAAGGGACUGAGCCCCUCAACCAAGAGGACCUUUUGCCAUCUCAAGAGCAGGCAGACAUUCCAUUGGCUGUUGCCCGCAUUUACCAGUUGCUUGAAGAAGAGAAACUAUGUGAGUCUUCAUCCCGGAACCAAGCCUACCAAGCUGCCCUGCAGGCCCUCAGCCUGUGUCACGAUGCCCGGCUGCCCAGCAUCCUGGCUGAGGCCCAGUCCCUGUGUGGCCUUGAUAUCCAUGGAGCUGGGAGUUUCCAGAUGCUCAGGUCAGAUGUGGGCUGCCUUCCAGUGUCCUCAGCCCCAGCCUCUAGGGUCAGUAGUCACCCCUGGCCUAUCAGGGCCAGGUCAGAUUUAUUGGCAACUGAGUCAUUUCCUCUGUCCUUACGCUCUACUGGUAGUCCUGCCUCUUUUGCCAGCAACCUGGAUAUCAGUCAGUCCCCCACUUUGCCUUUCCUCACUCACCAGCUCCAGAAAAGGAGCCCCAGAGGCCCCAGUAAACUGUGUGGGGACCCUCAGACCAAUUCUAAUCAGGCUUCUGAACCACUGGCCAGGCAGGAGCCAGAGGAGAUGAGCUGGCCUUGUUCUGACCCAGCCGCCUCACUCCCUGUACAGCUAAAUAGUUCGGCCUCAGUGAUUUCUGAUCAUCAGGCUCCCAGCUCCUCCAUCCCCUCAUCUCCUACAAUCCCAGUGGCCCCUGAGACCAGCGUACAUUCUCCUGUGGAAUGUUUGGAAGCACUUUCUGAUGCCAUGUCUCUGCAGCCAGCCUCAAUGAAGCCUGCAGAAACUCUUGUGUCCAGUGAGGAUUUUGGGGCUCUCCCAGGAUUGUCCCCCAUGUCAGUCCCUCCUUCUGGGGAAGGGAAGGCCACCCCACUCUCUGUGCAAGAGAGUGAUUUUCCAAAGAAGGCUGCAGGUCCAAGGCCUCCAGUCUCCACUCAGGAUCCUUCUCCAUCUCCAUCAUCUUCACUGUCCUCAGGACCCGAGCUAGACACAGGACAGCGUUUCUUCAGCUUUGUGAUCCUCCACGCCCAGGAGGAUGAAGCCAUUGCCCUUAGAGUCCGGGAUACCCUGGAGAGCCUGGGUGUACCCGAUGGCACUACAUUCUGUGAGGAAUUUCAGGUACCUGGACGUUUUGAGCUACGAUGUUUGCAAGAUGCCAUUGACAAUUCUGCCUUUACAGUGCUCCUCCUCACUAGGCACUUUGAUUGCCGCAUGAGCCUCCACCAGGUGCACAUGGCCCUGAUGAAUUCCCUCACGAGGAGUGAGAAGGAGAACUCCGUCAUCCCCUUCUUUCCCCGGGAGAGCACAUUGAAAUCUGCCAAGGUUUCCUCGUUGCUGACUGGCUUGGUGAGCCUGGAUGAGAGUUCUCCUGUUUUCUCCAAGAAAGUCAGUAGCACCUUCAACCGUCGAAGGCUACAAGCCCAGAGGGAAGUGUGGAAGAAACAACAGGAAAUUCGGGCAAUCCAGGAGCAGACCCAGCAGAUGGCAGAGGACAGGGAGAGGGUCUUGCAGAAGGAGAAUGCCCUCUCUGACUUAGCAUACCACUAUAACCUUCUGCAUAAGCAGCUACAGAGUCUCACCAUGGCUUUCCCAAAUCAGAUGUCCUUUGCUCAAGGCUACAGGAUGCCGAUGUCACAUCCUUGGGCACAUAGUCUCUCCCCCCACUUUGCCACUGCUCCCUCUGCUUUCCAGCCCAAUCAGUUUAUCCCAUCUAUGCCUUUUCCCCCUGUCCCCAGUUCAGCCCGCCAGCCGGACCCUCAGAGUGCUGGAGCCCAGCCUCUUAUCAUCCAUAAUGCUCAUAUGGUACAAUUGGGUCUCAACAACUACAUGUGGGGCCGGAGGGAAGGGCAGGGUCCCAGUGAGGAGGAGAGAACUGAGAGAGAGUGAGAAGACCCUGGAAAGGUCUGGAGCCUUUGCUCCAUUGUCCAGCCAUCCCUGCCGCCACCACUGGUCUGAGGAUCCAGGAGAGCAGGCAUGGGCCUGUGCCAGAGAAAUAUCCACAGCUGGGAUUACAAAUUUAAAACUGAAGGGCACUUGAGAAGCCCUUCAGUUCAACACUUUCAUUUUACAGAUUACAUAACUGAAGCCCAGAGAAGCCCAGACUUCCCUGAUAUCACACAACUAGUGAUGGCCAGAAUUGAGAAUUUAAUCUCGAGGAUGGCAUGGAGCGAUAAGAGCUGAAGAAAGCAUAGCUAUCAUCCCUGUUCGUUGUCUGCUCCCUCUUUGUGCCCCUUGUGGGACUUGGAAGUCACAGCAUUAAAGAGAGCCACAAAAUUGUGCAGGUAGAGAGAUGCAGCAUUUUCCUCUUCUUCAUUUCUUUCCAGGGUCUGGAGAGGAGCCUUAGUUGAGAGCUUCCAGCUCAGAACCUCAUCAUGGAACCAAAAUCUGAUUUUAAUCUUCCCUAUGGCAUCCCCUUCUCCUUUCCCUGAUUUUCCACUUAGACUCCAAUCCUUGUGACAUGGAUGCUAGGCAAGUCGGUCUCCCUCUGCUUGGGCCUUCUGGGUUUGGGAUUUAAUGUAUUCGAAUGUAUGGGGAGAGGAAGGAAGGAAGGAAUGAUGGGAGAGGUCAUUACCACCAUCAUCAGAAGACACAAAUGGAUUUUGUGCCUAGAACUAGGCACUAGAACAGGGUUAGUUUUCUUUGGGGGGUGGUGUCUUUGGAUAGAUUUUGGGCGAUCCAUGAAUUUGUAUGGAAAAAAAAUGACAUUUUUAUUUUCACCACCUUCCAACUUAAAUGUAGCAUUUCCUUGCAUUAUGAAUGCAAGCAAUAGAUGCUGUUCUGAAAAGGAAUCCAUAGGCUUCACCAGACAGUCAAAGGGGUCUGUGACAUAGAAAAAGGGUAAUGAACCCUUGGACUAGAUGGAGGGGAGAUGAGGGGAACAGAUAGAGUCAUAUGUAUACACACACACACACACACACAUAUAUAUAUAUCUAUAUGUCUUCACCUAUAUUAAUCUCAUCUUCCCAGCUGACUGUGUCUCAUAUAUAUGUGUGUGUGUAUGUAUGUAUGUAUAUAUGGAAUCUGAGAUCAGUAUAGUUGAAGACGUCCUUACUUCCUGUAGGUCGCUUUAUAGAAAGAAUCUGAGUUAAAGGCUCCUGAAGCCCAUCUCGUCCAAUCCCCUUUUGAAGAUCACAGAAGAGGAGAAGGAACCUUCUCUUCCCAAGGUAGCCUUUUCCACUUUGAGAUGGUUUGGAUGGUUGGGAGGUUUCUCCUGAUGUUAAGCUGAAGCUUAGCUCUCCGCUUCAUCCACCUGGUUUAGAUCGCUGAGGCCAAAGAGAACAAUGCCUCUUUUCUCCGACAGCUCCUCAAAUACUUAAAGCACGUUUUAAUGGCAGAUGACAGUUGCCACACACUACAUAUCACUUUUUGAGGCCCCCCCCCCACCCCUGAAGUCAUCUUCAGGCUAAAUGUCACUGAUUUUCUUAUUGGAUCCUUAAAGGCCCUUCACCAUCUUGGCUGCCCUCCCGUACAUCCUGCAGUUUGCUAACGUCCUUUCUAAAAUGUGCCUCUGAGUACAGAACCCUAGUUUCAGGUUGUACUCUUGAUUUUUCCUGACUUUACCAUGCCAAAGAAACCUUUUCACCCUGGAAGCUUACACUGGCCCUAGACUUCCCACAUUGGAAGUACCCCCUGCCCCUGCCUCCUCUCCGUCUGAUGUGCUGCUUCCUCCCUGAAUCCCCAUGUGAAGGAGGAGGUGCAGGCCAACCAUGUCCUCAUUCUUCUCCACAGUGCACUCCUGACUCUCUGGACUUUCUUUCUAACAUGGCCCUCGGCUUCGUAUCUCCAUCUGUCUCCCUCCUUUCUUGCUUUUCAGUUUCCUUUCAUGGGUGGUCUUCCCCCAUCAGAAUGUAAACCUCUUGAGGAUAGGGUCUAUCUUUCUGUUUGAACUUGUAUCCCCAACUCUUAGCAUAGUCUCUGGCAUACAAUAGGUGCUUAAUAAAUGCUUGUUGAGUUUCUGACUGGGGAAGGGUACAGUUAGUGCUAUCAUGAGAUCACAUGAAGGUUCUGGGGGGCCAUCAUAACACAGUUGACUCAUUGAGCUUACAAACGGAUGAAAAGCCCAGAUCUUUUAUCAGAUGAACUAGCUAGGCCUCCCCCAUCUUAUAUUUGUGAAGCUGAUUUUUGUUUAGAGAGCCCAAGUAUAGAAGAUCUUACAGAGCUUGGGUAGUAGAAAGAGCUCUGGCUUUAGAGAAUCUGGGUUCAAAUUCCCCCCCUGUCAAUUACUGUUAGUAAGUAGGGCAAGCCUCUUAACUUCUUUAGGGCCUCUGUUCCUUAUCUGUAAAACGGGUGUUUAAAAGGCCCAGGGUAAGCACAGAUCUCUGGGGUGCUCCACUGGGCAUUUCCUAUUUUUUCAGCCGCCAUCAAAUCAUUAAUGACUUCUCUUUGGGUCCAACUAUCCAAGCAGAACUGAAUCCACCUAAAUGUAUAAUUGUGUAACCCAUAUUGCUCUAUCAGGGAAGAAAAUUAUUCCUGUUUAAUAUAUAAGUUGGACUUGAGGUCUCUUUCAACUUUGAGAGUCUAAGAUUCUGUGAAAAGCACAUGGGAAUCUUUCUGUCCUUGAGUUUAUAAUGACCUGGGAAGCCACAACUUACUUUAGUACUAAGAGGACCAAUAGUUUUAUCAGGGUAGGCACUCUCCAUGGACAGAUAUAAAUCCCAGCCUUGCUUCACUCAACCUUAGCAAAUAGUUUCAUUAGAAGCUGCAGGUGAAAAAAAAAUGGACCUGAUGUCCAUCCUGUGGUGAUGGACUUCUCCAAACUCAGCCAGGCUGGUCUUCUGGUGACAAUCCUAUCCCCCAACCAAUCCUUGAAGUCCUUACAGGAAGGCCACCAGACUGGCCAGGGCUGGUUAACACUCUGGGCAGAGCCUCGGUGAUGCUAAGGGUACCAUGAUGUUCCUAUGAAGAAAUGGAAGAAGGCUUUGGUAGAACUUGGCAUAGGGUUGACAAAUUCCCUUUUCCUUCCAUGUUGGUGUUUGGGGGCAAUGGAUGGUUGAACUGAAAGUUGAAUCAGCUCUUCUGUAAUAAAUAUUUAUUGAAUAA